CGCUGAUUGGUGAAGAUGUCCCGUCGCGCGCUCUUUCUUCUCUCCUAUUGGCUCCUGCUUCCCGCGCGGCCCCUGACUCAUUGCCCGCCACCUCCUGUUCUGGUGGGUCGUUCGUGUUCUCUCACACAGCAUGGCAGCACGCAGGGGUUGCUCGCGCCGCCGCUCCGAGGCGGACCAGGCCUCCUCCGGAACGACGGAGCAGCCGAGCGGCGCCGGCAGCACCUCCCUCCUCGCCAGCGCCACGACGUGGCCCCUGAAGCGCUACGCCCGCUUCCUGCCCCCGACGGACAGCGACGACGGGGAGCGAAGCGGCAACUCCUGGAAGGUGACGGUGUGGGGGAGGCCGCCCCGCAGGCGGGCUGUGGUCUGUGCUCCGUUCCGCUGUGUGGGGCCGGCCUGUGGGUUUUUGAAUCAAACGAGGAGUCUGGUCAUCUUGUCCUUACCAUCGUUGUUUCUGGCCAUUUCUUUAUUUCCCAAGGAAGAACGGUGCUGGAGGGCUUUUCAUUGAUUGAUUCCCAGAAGUGGUUAAGAAUCGUAAGACGAGCAGACUGCCUGCUGCUUCAUGCUCAGUCAAAGCAGAAUGAAUGCCGCAUGUUUCGAGUUCAGUUUGGUGGAGAUUCAAAAGAGCAGACGCAGGAACACUGCUGCAGCUGCGUCCAGAAACUCACUGAGUAUGUGCCGGUUCAAGUCGCUGAUGAACAAAGCCAGAACCUCUGUUACAGUCUCAGCCAAGUGGAGGAUGCUGAACGAAAUAACACAUCAGGACUAUGUGUGCCAGAUGAGCCUCUGCCAGAUUCCUGCAUGAACUUUGGAGAAAGAAGAUCUACAAAGCAGCUAGCACAGUCUGUGCUGAAACAGAAGUUGGAGCUGCCCCUGGUGUACCAGCAUUCGGUGUGGAGCGCGCAGGAGCUGGGACCCUUCAUCCGCUUAUGCCUGAUGGACCAGCACUUCCCAGCCUUCGUGGAGGAUGUGGAGAAGGAACUGAAAAAGCUCACGGAAGGCUGAGCCGCAUGAAACUCGUGGCCGCUGCAACGCCCGCUCCAGGGCACACAAGCGUCAAUGCCAUUAAAUAUGUGGAAGUCUCGCA